AUGCCGGAUACCAGCGCUGCACAAGCGAGAGAUCAACAUGGCGGACAGCGAAGCUAUCGAAAAUGAAAACCUUGCGGAAAACGAGUCAAACCUUUCAUCGAAUCAGCAUCAGCCUGCGAUGAACAAUGAAGGGGCAAACAGGGAAAUAUCUCAAGAAAGUAACAGGCAAAGGUUUCCAGGACCUGGUCCAAGAUUUCGCAGCUUCCCUCCCCGGUUUCAAGGUCCCCCAGGACAGCACAUGCGAGGUGGACCCAACAACAUGCCCCAGCGUCCAUUCUUUGGCAGGCCUCCGCCGGACAGGAUGUUCCGGCCGGACCGCCCGCCACCAUUUGAUCAGAGCAUGCCCAGGGGUCCCCCACCCCAGGGCCCCAUGGGUAUGCCUCCAUUCAUGAAUAGGCCCCCACUAUUACCGCCCCCGUUUGGCAUGCCUCCGCCCCUGAUGGCUAACCUCCAACAGCCGCAAGCAGCAUCAGCAGGUAACCAGCCGGCCACGCCUGCGGCAGCAGCUAGUCCCGCCGCCGUGGCUGCCUUGGAUCCCAACCAGGACUUCUGGGUGGAGCAUACCACGCCCGAAGGCAAGACAUACUACUAUCAUGCCAAGAAGCGAGAGUCCGUCUGGACCAAGCCGGAGAAUGUGAAGAUCGUCAAGCAGACCGACCUGCAGGCGCUAGCGGCUGCCGCCGGGAUAGCGACGACCACUGCCACAUCAGCAGCCGCCACAGUGUCAAGCACGGCGGGUGUGACUGCUGUGACCAGUAGCACUGCUGGGACGGUGCCGGCUCUUGCUGGUGCAUCAGCAAACUCCGGGAAUCCAGCAGCAGCAGUAGCUGCAGCAGCCGUAGCCGUAGCCACAGCGGCAAAGACGGCAGGAGUGACAGUGACUCCUGUGGCAGAUGCCCCACAAGCUUCCCCAGUUCAGGCUUCCCCAGCCUCUACCGCCCAAGCCACACCCAGUGCCACCACCCCAACCCCAGUCACUGUGGCUAACAUCGCUGCUUCACCAACAACGGCUAAACCACAGCCGCAGCAGGCAGUGCUUCCGCCGCAGCAGCAGCAGCAGCAACCACCUCCCUUGAUGCCCUUCCCUGGGAUGGUCCCCCCCAUCGUACCCGGCCAGGGUCCCGGGAUGCCUGCUGCCGGGCCCGGUCCAGCCGGCAUGCCGCCUCCACCGUUCCACCUCUUCCCUGCCCACAUGGGGGGCAUGAGGGUGCCCGGUGCCCUGCCUGGAAUGCCUCCGCUUGUGCCUUUGCCAGGUAUUCCAGGUGGUUUCCCUCCACGUGGCAAUCCGAUGUUCCGACCCCCCUUCGCCCAGCCCCCAGUUGGAGGCCCUCCGGCUGCUGCCGCAGCCCCUAAAAGCAUCUGGGCGGAGUACAAGACGGCGGACGGCCGGCCCUACUACUACAACACCCGGACCAUGGAGUCGACAUGGGAGAAACCCAAGGAGCUGCAGGACCAAGAGGAGGCCAAGAAGGAACCGGCCCAAGAGAAGGACGCAGCCAGAGCAGCAGGAGACAAGGAAGAGGCCGAAGACCAGGAAGAGAAAAAGGAAGACGAGACCAAGAUGGAGACGGAGGACGCGAAAGAAGAGACCAAGGAGGCAGAGACUAAGCAGGAGAAGACGGUCGUCGAAGAGAAGAAAACAGACGAGGAACCAGUGGACAAGUCCAAACCCAUCGCCACUAAGCCCAUCCCUGGGACACCCUGGUGCCUGGUUUGGACUGGCGACAGCAAGGUGUUCUUCUUCAACCCCUCUACCAGGAUGUCGCUAUGGGAACGACCUGACGACCUGUACAACCGCGCCGACGUGGACAGGAUGAUCCUGGAGCCCCCGCCGGGAAAGGAGAAGGAGAAACAAGAGGAGAAUGCAGCCAAGAAGCGAGCGGAGGACUCUGUGUCGGAGGACCAGCAGCCCAAGGCCAAGAAGAAGAAGAAGGCGUCCACCUCUGAGUCAUCCCCCGAGCCGGCGGACCCUCUCAAGGAGGCUGCCCUGGAGGCGGAGAUCAAGGCAGCCCGGGAGAGGGCCAUCACCCCGCUGGAGAUCCGCAUGAAACAGUUCAUGGACAUGCUGCUGGAAAAGGGGGUGUCGGCCUUCUCGACUUGGGAGAAAGAGCUACACAAGAUCGUCUUCGAUCACCGCUAUCUCCUCCUGAGCCCCAAGGAGCGCAAGCAGGUAUUCGAGAACUUUGUCAAGAACCGGGCGGAAGAAGAGCGCAAGGAGAGGGCCACCAAGAUCAAGCAGAGCAAAGAGGACUUCAAGGCCCUCUUGUCAGAUGCUAAGCUCGGACCCAAGACUUCCUUCAGCGAGUUUGGCCAGAAGUACGGUAAGGAUGCCCGAUUCAAGGGCAUAGACAAGAUGCGUGAGCGGGAGAGCUUAUUCAACGAGUACAUUGUCCAGCUCCGCAAACAGGCCAAGGAGGAGAGCUCUCACAAGGCCGAGAAGCUGAGGACAGAGUUCUUUUCCCUGCUGGACGAACUGAAGAACUUGGACAGCAAGUCGCGCUGGUCAAAGGUCAAGGACAGCAUCCACCACGACCCCCGCUACAAGGCCGUUCACCACAGCUCCCAGCGAGAAGACCUGUUCAAGGAGUACAUCAACAGAAAAUCAGAGGUGAAGGACGAAAAUGCCGAGAAGCAGAAGCGAGUAGAGACCAGCCUGAGGGAGAGAGAGAAGGAGGUUCAACGGACCCGCAACGAACAGCAGAAGGAGCUGGAGAGAGAAAGGGGACAGUUCAAGAAGGAGGAAGCCAUGCAACACUUCAAGGCCCUGCUGACCGAUCUGGUGCGGGAUUCGGAGAUGACUUGGCGCGAUGCCAGGAAGCAGCUCAAGCGCGACCACCGCUGGGAGCUGGCCUCCCUGCUAGACAAGGAGGAGCGGGAACGCCUCUUCAAUGGCCACACCUCCUCCCUGGUCUACCGCAAAAAGGAGAAGUUCAACGAACUCUUGAAUGAGACCCCAGGGGUGACCUUGACCUCCACUUGGAAGGAAGUGCGACGACUCAUUAAGGAGGACCCUCGCUACACCAAGUUCUCGUCAAGCGACAGAAAAAGAGAACGAGAGUUCAGCGAAUACAUCAAGGAGAAGUACCUUCAAGCCAAGAUGGACUUUAGAACGCUGCUGACCGAAACCAGGAUCAUCACCUACAAAUCUAAGAAGCUGAUCCAGGACUCGGAUCAGCACCUGAGAGACAUCGAGAAGGUCCUGGAGAAGGACAAGCGCUACCUGGUACUUGACUGCGUGCCUGAGGAGCGUCUAGAGAUGAUCAUGUCCUACAUCCGAGAGCUGCACAAAAAGGGGAUACCCCCACCCCCUACGGCCUCUGAACCCUCCCGCCGACUCAUCCCCAAAUAAAUGACGACACAGUUCAAACACCCACUUCUGUUCCAGGAGGCUUUUACUUUUAAGUUUGAUGAUCUAAAUCAGUAACAGCCUUAUUCAGGAGAGAAAUGUUUUCCUUUGCUCUGAGGCCAACAUAGCUUACAAAGCCUCAUUCAGAAUUUAGCAAUUCAAUUUUUUUUUAAUGUAUGAAAGCCAGCUGGAUGGUGUUAGCGAUAUUUGCAGUUUCUGAAAGAAGGAAGCCUUCUGAGAUUUCACCUGCAGCUUCCUUUGAUUAGAAUUUUUAUGUUGUACUGACAUGCUCCUUACGUUCACUCGCUGUCCAACCUAUUUUGAGGUGGGUCUGAAGUAUUGUUUUCCGCCAGUAAUCCCCUAGGUUAACCAGACAUCAUCCUCUUUUUUAGCCUCACUUCUCGUGGUGUGUUUAUCUUUCCUAUCUCUUAAUCUCUUAAUUUCGGUUGUGAAAAAGGAGGCUAUAUCUUGGAGCAUUCCCAUUUCGGAGGGAGGGUGAACAGUAAUUGUAAUGGCAUUGUGAUGAGGGCUUAUUUACAAAGGUAAGACAGUCAAUGAGAUCAUCAAAUGUUUUGUUAAUUUGAGAGUAACUUGGACGGUACCUGAGCUGAACAAGGGACAUUUUAAUGAAUAAAAGGAGAAACAGAA